GAGACAGUGCGCAAAUUUCUCAGCUAAAAAUUCAAAAAAUUGCAGGAUUUUUCGGGUUCCGUGCCUCAGCCUGUUAAUUUUCUGAAAAUAGAAUUUUUGCUUCGUCGUUUGCGCGUCAUUUCCGCAUCGGAAGUGCAGUUUUAGUUCCAAAAACGCGAUUUUUGAAUUGGGUUUUUGUGACGUUUACGAACACCCAAGAAUCCCAUCUUGACAUGCUGUGACCAUUCAAGUGGAGUGAAUAUUAUGAAUUCUACUGCAGACUUAGAGUGUAAAGUGAUUUUGGGGUAAUUGCUGGAGUUUUGAGGACUUUGCGACUGGAACAAUGAACCACCACGCCUUUCGAGUUGAGCAGCUGGAUGAUGAAUAAACAGUCGGCCAUCCUACCUGACUGCACCAACAGAUGCCAGUCCACUCAGCAUGGCGACAUUGUAACGGCAGCGAUCAGCAAACGCUCCGUUAGCGACAGCAACUUAGCGUCGUUUCUUAACACCACCUGCUGCUGCUGUGAAUCAGUCAAAGAUCAGGAUGGACGGACUGCUCUACAUGUGGCAGCAUCCUGCGGAAGAACGGCUCUGGUUCGAUGGCUGGUGUUAAACCGGCACGCCAACAUCAACGCGCCGGACAAGGAAUCGGGUUACACAGCGCUGCAUCGGAGCGCUUUUUAUGGGAAAAUCGACACUGUAGUGGAGCUGAUCAAGUUAGGAGCUAAUGUGGCUGUUCUCGAUGGCAAUAGUUUAACGUACUUGGAGCACGCGAUGCUGGAUCGCUUCCGUCCUCCCAACAAUGACUCGAAAGGCGGCGAACUUUUUUCUUGGGGACCCAACUCGAACAACUCCCUAGGAUCGCAACAUUCCCGCACUGUACCUGAAACUAUGGAUAUUUUCCAUAAGGAAUACCCCGAUGAAAACGUUCGCCUGAUUCUAAUUCAAGAGUUUCACAGUGUCAUUUUGACGACUUCGGGCUUGGUGUUUACUUGCGGCCAUGGCCAGGGGGGCAGGCUGGGCUUGGGCGUUCAGCACACUGAAUUUCUCCCAAAACCCAUCAAGUUUCCAACCGUCACCAAGAAUGUGCAAACAACCUUCGAUAAGAUUGAAAUUGUGAACGUGAGCAUCGCCAGGGAUCACAGCCUGUUUUUAUCGUCUUGCGGAGAGAUUUUUGCCUGCGGCCUCAACAAGCAUAUGGUCUUGGGAAUGGUGCCUCCUCCUGCUGAGUUGCUCACGCCGAAGCUGGUGAAAUAUUCUCCAAACGGAAACGUUUCUUUGGCUACCGGCAACUACCACUCGAUCGUUUGGGGCGCCUCAGGGAUUUUCACGUGGGGUUUGAACGCCGGACAACUGGGCCAUCCGGCUCCCGGCCCGUCGGAAAAGUACAUUCUAACGGCCAAACGAGUUAAGUACAUCGCCAAAGAGAACAGCAUCCGAUUGGUUUGUGCCAGUACUGGCGCUACUGUUGUUUAUACUGUAAAAGGCGACGUGUACAUUCUGCACGAGUACCAAUGUCGGAAAAUCGCUUCAAGACAGUUAAACUUGGUGGAAAUAGCUGUUGUAGGCGGCAACCUCAACCACUCCCUAGAUCCAGAACUGUCCAAUAAGAAUCGCGAGCUUAGGGUGGCCGCACUCACCAGCACUGGCAAUCUUCUACUGUGGCAGGAAUCCGAUGCAGCGUUACGUAAAUGCAUUUUUUCCAUUGGCAGAAAACUGACCAUCACGCAGGUGGUGCUCAACAUGAGCAAGGUGCUCUUCGUUACCCGCGACGGGGAAGCGUUUCAAGGCGAAGCCCGUCCGAGGAAGAAGAAACCGACUGGCCCGAAGGAGAAAGGCAACAAAAGCGACUUUCACAAGUUUUUCGAUAGGGAUGAGAGCCUGACCGUGAAAGUGGAGAAGAUAGCGCGAGUGCAUCGAGCGCUGAGCAUCCAAAGCGACCCGAAGGGUCAGAACUUUGGGAUUGUCCAGGAUCGGCCUUACAGCUUCUUCCCUAAAAGCGAAAUUUCCGCUUCCACCAUGCCGGAUAACUUGCUCGAUUUUCUACUCCAGGCCGAUGUGGAUGACGGCAUUGCAGACGUAGAAAUUAACAUAUCAGGCAGACUGUUUCCGGCCCAUCGCUACAUUUUGGCCUCCCGCAGUCCCUACUUUUCCAAUCUGUUCGCCCAAGCCGGAAACCAAUCGCUGGAGUAUCCUGGAUACAAUCCAGUGAUUUUCGAGGAGUUUCUGCGCUAUGUUUACACUGGCACUACCGAGCUGAUUCGCAUCGGAGAACUGAAAAACCCUGCCCUGAUCCAGCUCUGCUCCAGACCGGUCAUAGUGGAUGAGAACGCGCCGGCUUUCCAAUACUAUUCCGACUUGAAAGUCAACCGCAAAUUGAACAAUCCGGUGCGGAUGUUGCACGAAAUGGCCAAGCGGUUCGAGGUGAUGGAGUUGCAGAAGAUUCUGAGCAACUUGGAGGUGAUCAGGCAGGAGGUGACGGUGAAAAAGGGGGGCCGCGAUCCCUGGAAAACCCAAAUCCACUUCAACCGGUUUGAGUGCCCGGAAUUAUGGGACGUGGAGAUCCAUUGCAAGGAUGACCGCGUGCUGAAGGGGCACAAAUGCAUUCUAGUCGCUCGACUGGACUAUUUCAACAACAUGUUUUCAACCAGAUGGAGCGGGGCGGAAACCUCAAAAAUCUCCAUUCACUUUGCCAAGGGAGUGGUCGAAUCCCUACUAGCCUUCUUGUACACCGAUUCGCUGGACAGUCUGGACGAAAAGGACAUCGAUCAGCUGUUCAAAAUCAUUGUCCUGGCCGAUCAGUUCUUCGUCAAACGGCUGAAGGAUCAGUGCGAAGCGAUUCUGUCCAAUCUGCUGACGGUGAAGAACGCCGUUGAAUUGCUGACAUUUGCCGACUCGUACAACGCCUGCAGCCUGAAGGAGAACUGUUUCCAGUUUGUGCAGCAAAACGUGACAUCGUUUUUGGAAAUGCGGCUGUUGGAUGAUCUGGAGCCGCAAUUGCUUGCCGAACUUUCGCAAUUCUACCAGCAACAACGCCGUUUGGACUGCAGAAUUAUCACGCCCUAUUCCACAGCCGUUUGCGAUGAGGAAGUCAUCCUGGCGAGCGCCUUGUGUGCGGUGGAUUUAGCCGACAUACAAGAGAGGAGCGCGAUUAAGGAGAAGCGAAAGCCCAAAAAACGCAUUCCAAGUCACAAAGUCAGUGCCUCCGGCAAAGUGGGGUUGGAGCACGAAUUGCUAACUCCAACAGUUUCCGUGUGUGAUGAGCCCAAACUCGACUCUCCACCUGUUGUGAACAGCCGCGUAUUGUCGAUAGUGUUAGCCAAUGAACUGGUUAAAACUGAAGCGGCAGAGGAAAACUUUACGGUGCUGCGCAAACACCGAGACUCGGACAGUUGGAGCGCUUCAUUCGACUUUCCCUUGCUCAACAGCCCCCCGAAAUCCAACGCUGCGUACAGUCGCCCUCAGAAGACUGAACCCAGAGUGAAAACUUCGAAGCUGUCGCAAAAACAACGCAAGCGACUGUCUUCAGAAAGCAGCAGCCCUCCAGUCGCAGAAGCGCCGAAAAACCCCUGGAAAGUUAUUGAAAGCCCCGUUUCGCCGGUGGGUUCGCCUCAGAACGACGACAUUGGCUCCAUCAUAUCAAACGAGCGGAAGCAGAAGGAGAAUUUGGAGAAGAUCAGAAGCAAGCGUCUGGUGUUUACGCAGAUGGAGGAUAAGGCGAUCGAGGAACUGAGGAGGUUUUAUAGCGUUGACGAUAUGGAUGACGAGAUUAUUGUUAUCAAUAGGGUCUCUAUGGGCGCGGUGGCUUUGCCCACGUGGGUGCCAAAGACCAAAUAAUGUAGGUAGAUUUAUGUUGAUUUUUAAACAGUUUUUUGUUGUUACUUUUCCCAUCACUCGGCUUUAUAGAGGGUGUUCCGAAACAUGUGGGCAUCCAAGCAGUCAAAGCAG